GCGUGUCAAUUUCUCUUUCGACCCUCCUUUCCAUUUCAUUCAAACACCUUCGUUUAUGAUUGCGACACCGAAUCAGAAGCCGACGCACCGAUUCCUCGCUCCCUCUCUCUCUCUCUCUCUCUCUCCUGAACUGAAAAUAAAUUAUAAAACGUAGAGAAGCUGAAAACUCCAGUGAGUUUAAACCCUAAACCGCCAUUCAUCAUCCAAAUUGUAGAAGGUAAUCACAUCAAAGCGAUGGAGGAAGAAGAUCCCGUAACAUUCUUCAUGUCCCUCGAUCACUGGCAAGGCUCUCCGCCCUCCUCCGAUGACUGUCCCGCACUUUCUUCCCAAGACCAAGGCUCGCAGUCUCUCUCUUCUUCCUCGGAAACCUUCAUGCUCGGCUUCGUCAUAGCCAACAUCGUCGGAAUUCAAUACUACUCAGGCACCAUCAGUGGCCGAGAAAUGGUGGGUCUUGUCCGAGAACCCCUCAAUCCCUACGAUUCCAACGCCAUCAAAGUCCUUAAUACCCGAACGCUUCAGGUGGGUCACAUCGAACGCUCCGUCGCCGCCGUCCUUGCCCCCUUGAUCGACUCGAAUUUGAUUUCCGUCGAAGGCAUUGUGCCCAAUACGCGCUCUAAGGCCAACAGGUUCAAGAUUCCUUGCCAAGUUCACAUCUUUGCAAGGUUUGAAGCCUUUCCCUCUGCGAAAUCUGCAAUUAUGCGAUCUGGGUUGCAGCUGAUUUGUGAUGCUGAUGCGUCUUUCACUCUAUCCGAGGCACUGGUUGUCAAGGAGAAGAAGGAUGAGAGGGGUUCCAAGAGUGUGGAUGAGAUUUUCAAGCUGGUGGAGGAGAGUGCGAACAAAAAGGGUGCUUUACAAGCAUUGGAACCUCCGAAACAAGUGAUCAAAUCAGAGCUGUUUGUUCACCAGAAAGAAGGCUUGGGAUGGUUGGUGCAUAGAGAGAAUUCUGGUGAAUUGCCUCCCUUUUGGGAAGAGAAAGAUGGCUCUUUUGUGAAUGUCUUGACCAAUUACCACACUGAUAAGCGACCGGAGCCUCUAAGAGGUGGGAUUUUGGCAGACGAUAUGGGGUUGGGUAAGACUUUAACUUUGCUUUCUUUGAUUGCGUUUGAUAAAUAUGGUAGUGUAGAUGUAAGCGUACUAGAUGAUAACAAAAUGGGUGAUGAUUCUUUGUCUGUUUCAUAUAGUAAGAAGGGUAAGAGGGGUGCCCCAAGUAAAAAAGGCACUGGGUCACGAAAAAAAUCCAAAACUGAGGAUACCAAUGCCAGCAGCAACGUGGAAGGAAAAUGUGUGAGUGUAGAUGAUAAGUCUUUGGGGUAUUGUAGUACCAAGACAACGUUAAUAGUGUGCCCACCUUCUGUAUUUUCGACCUGGGUAACACAACUAGGAGAACACACUAGGCCGGGUAGAUUGAAGGUGUAUAUGUACUAUGGAGAGCGGACUAGCAAUGCUGAGGAGCUUAAGGAGUAUGAUAUAGUGUUGACUACAUAUAGUAUUUUGUCUACUGAAAAUUCUUGGACAGAAUCCCCUGUUAAAGAGAUUGAGUGGUGGAGGGUGAUUUUGGAUGAGGCACACAUGAUUAAGAAUGUUAAUGCUCAACAAAGUCAAGCUGUUACUAGUUUGAAGGCUAAGCGAAGGUGGACUGUUACUGGAACACCCAUCCAUAAUGGCUCAUUUGAUUUGUUUUCUUUGAUGGCAUUCCUGAGAUUUGAGCCUUUUUCAAUUAAGAGCUACUGGCAAAGCUUGGUGCAGCGCCCACUUGCUCAUGGCAACCAAAAGGGGCUCUUACGGCUGCAGGUUCUAAUGGAAACCAUUUCUUUGCGAAGAACAAAAGACAAGGGGCUGAUUGGAUUACCUCCUAAAACCUUAGAGACUUGUUAUGUGGAACUCUCUGGUGAAGAACGUGAACUGUAUGAUCAGAUGGAAGGAGAAGCAAAGAGUGUCGUGAGGAGUUACAUUGAUGCUGAAUGUUUAAUGCGCAACUAUUCCACUGUACUUAGCAUCAUCUUACGACUUCGGCAGAUCUGCACUGAUGUGGCAUUGUGCCCUUCUGAUCUCAAAUCACUUCUCCAUUCGAACAAUAUUGAAGAUGUGUCCAAGAACCCAGAGCUGCUGAAAAAGAUUGUUGAGGUGCUGCAAGAUGGUGAAGAUUUUGACUGUCCUAUUUGCAUUUCUCCACCAACGGAUACUGUUAUUACUUGUUGUGCUCACAUUUUUUGCCAAGCUUGUAUUCUGAAAACCCUUCAGCGCACAAAACCCUGCUGUCCCCUUUGUCGCCGUGCUUUAUCACAUUCUGAUCUGUUCUCAGCCCCUCAAACAACUUCUGACAGUGACAACACAGUAUCAUCGAAAACAACCAUGUCUUCAAAAGUAAAUGCUCUCUUAAAACUUCUUGUUGCAUCGAGGGAGCAAAACCCACUUACGAAAUCAGUAGUGUUUUCCCAGUUCCGAAAGAUGCUGAUAUAUCUUGAAGAGCCACUGAAAUCAGCUGGUUUUAAGACUUUGCGCUUAGAUGGGUCUAUGAAUGCAAAGAAAAGGGCACAAGUAAUCAAAGAAUUUGGGGUGACGGGACAAGAUGUGCCCACAAUUUUGCUUGCAAGUCUCAAGGCUUCAGGAACAGGUAUAAACCUUACAGCUGCAAAUAGAGUGUAUUUGUUGGAGCCAUGGUGGAACCCAGCAGUUGAGGAACAGGCAAUGGAUCGUGUUCACCGGAUCGGGCAAAAGGAAGAUGUGAAGAUUGUGAGGUUGAUUGCUCGAAACAGCAUUGAAGAGAGGAUAUUAGAGUUGCAAGACAAAAAGAAGAAACUUGCAAAGGAAGCUUUCCAGAGGAAGGCUGCAAAGGAUCGGAGGGACGUAGGGGCUGAGGAUCUUCUUGGCCUCAUGGGCUUGUGAGUUGGUGCAAGUAUGCAGGCAAGGCAUGGAACAUUUUCGCGUUGCUCAUGUUUUUGCAGUUGUCGUUGCACAUGAAGUAGACAUUUUUGUUACAUCAAAUGGAGCAGAUGACCACCAUGCUCUCCUUUAAUGACGCUAGUGCCUUUCGUUAUGCACUCAAUGUGAGCGAACCCGAAAACAGGCUUUGCGCUUUUGUUAUGCACUCAAUGUGAGCCAACCCAAAAAGGGGCUUUACGCUUGCUUGAUGAAGCAUGAAACUCCAUUAAUAAGGGUACAAAUGAAGUACCAGCACUAACCUAAACACCUAAAGAAAAACGAGUGUAGAUGAUAUGAAGACUGAAACAAGGUUCUGGAAAAGCCAACAAAAAACAAACUAGCAGCGAGAGGGUGACCAUCUAUAGAGGACAGAAAGCCAGUCCAGUAGAACAACCACCGUGUAGGUAGGUUUGCGUUGGCAACAGUGGCGGCCCUGUCGCUUCACUUCCAAAAAAUCGAGAUGGCUGCUUCUAUGGACACAGCAGAGAAACCCAUCUCUUUUCCAUCCUCAUCGACUCCAUUUACCGUUCCAUUGACGAACCCACAGUCAAUAAAUCCGUACCUGUUCGACAAAUUUCCAUGGCAGAUUUCAUAAUGAAAAAUUCGAGAAAUAGUCACCAGAACCGAGUUCCUGAUGAAUUUAAGUUCUAGCUCUUCGGAUUCGAGUGGUGGGUUUUCUUCGUCGAAGUUGGAUAUUAUGUACUGAUCAAAAUCGAGGUCCUCAUCGUCAUGCUACAACAUGCACAGGCUAUAAAGGUCCACCACCGCACCCCCGUGAGAAGAAAGAGGUUGCGGGUUCGGCCAGAAAACCCAUGAUCUAGAUCUGAAAUGCAACCAUGAACUUGUCUGGGCCAAUUGCAGUUCAGUCGCGUGGGGAGUCACUGGUCUCGCUGGAGUUCGAGUUGAUGGAGUUGGGAUGGUGGGUUCGGACCCUGCGACUACGAUGUGAAUUGGGGAAUAAGGUUAGCGGAGUUGUGAAUCGUGAUGGUGGAUCGGCGGAUCUCAAUUUGGAGGCGAGGGGGUAGGGGAAGUUAGGGUUACUUAGGUUUUCAGUUUUUUUAAUUCUUUGUUAAAAUGUUCAUUAACUAAUGUAAUUAUAUUUUAAGGCAAAAAAUUGUUUACUACUCUCA